AUGGUCUCCCCGGAGCUAUUCCUCAAGUCCCAGAGAGAGAACAGGAAGGGGGCCCCGCUGCACAGGAAGAGCUGCAGUGCCUCUGGGGGCCCCAAGAAGGUUCUCCUCUCUCAGGGCCCAGUGGAGAGGCAGGAGGCAAGAGCAGUCAAGGAGUGCGGGGUUCCCUGCACCCCUGGAAAGAAGAGGGGCCAGAAAGCUGGGCAUUCCACCCCAGCUGCCCAGUCAUACCUGGUGGCCCUGCUGGAUUCUAUCAAGGGCUUGCUUGGGGCCAGCCAGACCUCUGGCCCACGACACUGCGGGUCCUCGGGGCUUUCUGGGCCGCUGGCCCCCAGGGCCCGGGAGUCCCGGGAAAGCUCGCGGGCCGGGGCGGGGCCGGGGGCUCCUAGGGCGGCCGCGGGCGUAGCCCCGCCCCGGAGGCGGGGCCUCACCUGCGGCGAGCAGGCUUGGGCGCGCGCAGCCAGCCCCGGCCUCGCCAGGGACCAAGGGGCGCCGAACCGGAGGCCAGGCGUGGAGCCUCGCCGGCUCACCAUGGUAGAGCGACGCUUCUCCAAGUUGCUGCAGAAACUCACCUUCUUCUCCCGCGCAGGCCACCAGUACGAGCCGCUGGAGAGGGGUGAGCUGGAAGCCCUGAAAGCCACAUCGAGGCAAAAUUCUAAUCUGCCUAACCAUAGUCCUGGUUUUUUCUCACAGACUGAUGAACAAUACGAGUUGAAAGCCAUCGAAAAAGAGAGGACGGUGGUACCCCUGCCACCCAAGGAAGCAUGCAAAUGCGACAAAGAAGACUUGGCCAAAGCAUUUUACGUAGACUUGGAGAGCGGGCUGUCAGAGUUCUCGGUGACACAGCGCAGACUGGUCCAUGGCUGGAACGAGUUUGUCGCCAACAAUACAGAACCCGUGUGGAAGAAAUAUGUUGACCAGUUUAAGAACCCCCUGAUCCUGCUGCUCCUGGGCUCUGCGCUGGUGAGCGUGCUCACCAAGGAGUAUGAAGACGCCGUCAGCAUCGCUAUGGCUGUGCUGAUCGUGGUCACCGUGGCCUUCAUCCAGGAGUUCAGAUCAGAGAAGUCCCUGGAAGAGCUGACGAAGCUGGUUCCCCCGGAAUGUAACUGCAUAAGAGAAGGGAAACUCCAGCACCUGCUUGCACGAGACCUGGUUCCUGGAGACAUUGUGUCACUCUCGAUUGGCGACCGCAUCCCGGCAGACAUCCGCCUCACUGAGGUGACAGACCUCUUGGUGGACGAGUCUAGUUUUACUGGAGAAGCUGAGCCAUGCAGUAAGACGGACAGCCCCCUGCCAGGCGGGGGAGACCUCACCACGCUGAGCAACAUCGUUUUCAUGGGCACGCUGGUGCAGUAUGGGAAAGGCCAGGGUGUCGUUAUUGGAACAGGGGAGAGGUCUCAGUUUGGAGAAGUCUUUAAGAUGAUGCAGGCUGAAGAGACGCCUAAAACGCCCUUACAGAAAAGCAUGGAUAAGCUGGGGAAGCAGCUGACACUCUUUUCAUUUGGCAUCAUUGGUCUGAUCAUGCUCAUUGGCUGGCUGCAAGGGAAGCAGCUACUCAGCAUGUUCACCAUCGGGGUCAGCUUGGCCGUGGCUGCCAUCCCAGAGGGCCUGCCCAUCGUUGUCAUGGUUACACUGGUUCUCGGAGUGCUGCGGAUGGCCAAGAAGCGGGUCAUUGUGAAGAAGCUACCAAUCGUGGAGACACUAGGUUGCUGCAACGUCAUCUGUUCUGAUAAGACGGGAACUCUGACAGCCAAUGAGAUGACUGUGACCCAGCUUGUGACAUCUGAUGGGUUCCACGCCGAGGUCAGCGGAGUUGGGUAUAAUGGCAAAGGGAGCGUGUGUCUUUUACCAUCCAAGGAAUUACUUACAGAAUUUUCCAACGUCUCAGUGGGAAAAUUAGUGGAGGCAGGCUGUGUGGCCAACAAUGCCAUCAUCAGGGAGAACACGGUGAUGGGGCAGCCCACGGAGGGGGCCCUGAUUGCCCUGGCGAUGAAGAUGGGCUUAAGUGAUAGUAAAGAUUCCUAUGUGAGAAGAAAAGAGAUUCCAUUCAGCUCGGAGCAGAGGUGGAUGGCAGUGAAAUGCAGCCCAAAGAACGAGGAGCAGGAGGACAUUUACUUCAUGAAGGGGGCCUUGGAGGAAGUGAUCUGCCACUGCACCAUGUACAACCACGGGGGCAUCUCCCUGCCACUGACGCCCCAGCAGCAGUCGCUCUGCCUGCACGAGGAGAGCAGGAUGGCCUCGCUCGGACUGCGGGUGCUGGCCCUGGCAUCUGGGCCCGAGUUGGGGCAGCUGACAUUUCUGGGCCUCGUCGGGAUCAUCGACCCCCCGAGGGCUGGCGUGAAGGAGGCGGUCCAGGUACUCUCUGAAUCAGGCGUGUCCGUGAAAAUGAUUACGGGAGAUGCUCUGGAGACGGCCUUGGCAAUAGGAAGAAACAUCGGCCUGUGCAAUGGGCAGCUGAGGGCUAUGUCUGGGGAAGAGCUGGACAGCCUGGAGAAGGACGAGCUGGCCGAGCGCAUCAGGAAGGUGUCUGUCUUCUUCAGGACCAGCCCAAAGCACAAACUCAAAAUCAUAAAGGCCUUGCAGGAGUUGGGAGCAGUUGUAGCCAUGACAGGAGAUGGGGUGAAUGACGCGGUGGCCCUGAAGUCGGCGGACAUCGGGAUUGCCAUGGGGCAGACAGGGAUGGAUGUUAGCAAGGAGGCUGCCAACAUGAUCCUGGUGGACGAUGACUUCUCUACCAUCAUAAACGCAGUGGAGGAAGGCAAGGGGAUUUUUUAUAACAUCAAAAACUUUGUCCGCUUCCAGCUAAGCACGAGCAUUUCGGCCCUGAGCCUCAUCACACUGUCCACCGUGCUCAACCUGCCCAACCCCCUCAACGCCAUGCAGAUCCUGUGGGUCAACAUCAUCAUGGACGGGCCGCCCGCGCAGAGCCUGGGGGUGGAGCCAGUUGACAAGGACACCCUGGUGCAGCCACCGAGGAGUAUGAAGGACACGAUCCUCAGCCGAGCCCUCAUCCUAAAGAUCCUGCUGUCUGCUGCUGUCAUCAUCAGCGGGACCCUCUUCAUCUUCUGGAAGGAGAUCCCUGAAGACAAGGCCAAUACUCCACGUACCACGACCAUGACCUUCACAUGCUUUGUGCUUUUUGACCUCUUCAAUGCCCUGACCUGCCGCUCCCAGACCAAGCUCAUCUUCCAGAUUGGCUUCCUCAGGAACCGCAUGUUCCUCUACUCGGUGCUUGGCUCCAUCCUGGGGCAGCUGGCUGUGAUCUAUGUCCCCCCAUUGCAGAAGGUCUUCCAGACGGAGAACCUGGGUGCGCUUGAUUUGCUGUUUUUAACCAGCUUGGCCUCAUCUGUCUUCAUUCUGUCAGAGCUCCUCAAACUCUGUGAACAGUACUGCUGCCGAGACAGGAGAGUCCAGAUCCCCCAGGAGUACGUAUAG